CACCGAAAUCAUCCACCAUCAUCCACCUUGUCGGGUAUGCACUGUGAGCGCAGUACGCGGAACACUCCUCCACAACCGCACACAUACAUCCACUCCCAAGCAUGUAGUUGAAUGAAACAAUAAACAAACAAGGCAGGAAAAGGGCAGUAGGGAAAUUUAAUCGGCAUCUACGCGUUAGUCGAUGAUCGCAGGCAACCUCGUGAGCGUGUCGUGUUUUUAGUAGCACCCAGGGAAACCGAAGAAAAAUUGCACUGCCUGGAGCUGCACUGCCCCGCGUUGCUGUGUAGUUGUUGGCGCGGCUGUAGCCCAUGUAGUGUUUGACGGAUGUUGAUCGUAAGGCAGGCAGGAAAUAAGUCUGGAGAACAUCCGGACAUUAACCGUUUCCCGGUGCGAGCAAAUUUGGGCAAACACGGCAACUUUUGUAUCGGCCACCGUUCAGUUCGCGUUACAACAGCCCAAAAGUGAGCUGUUUGUUUUUUUUUUUUGAAGAUUCCUUAAAGCCCUUUUAUCGCGAUACCUUUUUAACUUUACCGCGAUACGCAAAAAAGGAAAAGCUUGUAAUCCUUUCUUCUAUGUACACGUUUUAUCAAUCGAUUUACAAUGCCACACUGCUGCUGAUAUCCGGCGACCCUACGUACUGUGGAUCUACCGUACAUGCCCGAGUGUACAUAGAUAAACGGAUGUGCCCUUGAUUAGACUAGGCGGUGAGAUUAGUUUCAUUACCCUGUGCUAGAUAUAUUUACAUACACAUCGCGAGCUACCAAAACGCCGUUGGCAACAUGUAUCGGCGAGUGAGCUAUCAGGACAGUGACGAGCCGGACGAACCCAGCGAAUAUCGCCACCGGGACGAAUGCUACGAUGUGCUGUACGAUCUGAGCGACUUUCGUGAUGUGAUAGAGCCUACCAGCACGUGGAAUCGAACCUCCUCUUCCUCCUCCUCCUCCUUCCCUGGCGUGAACGAACGUCCGCGACAAACAGUGCCAGGUUCCCGGUACGGGGACGAGUUUGGUGACGGAAACGACAGUACCGACGCACAGGACGGCAUGGACGAGCGGGACAGCAUCUAUCUGGAUGCGGUAUCCGUGUACUCCGAUGCAACGAACCGCAAGUCUUUACAUCUUUCCCGCCAGACGGUUUACCAUUCGGCGGAGGAUGUGCGAUUCGGAUCGGUAGACUCCGGCAGUGGUUCGGGAGCGGAACAACGGCGGGCCGGAAGCGGUGGCGAGGAUAGUGCCGCAUUACGGAUGACCACCGAGGCGCUGCUGCAGGAUUCGCGUGCGAACGGUGGGCUGGCCAAUCUGCCGUACGUACCCCGGCCCGGGACGAACAACGGUGCGAAGGGAUUCAUCAGCGGUAUCCUGAAGCCAACCGUCCUCAGUACCGAGUACAACGAAAAGACGUGGAAGUACUUCCAGGAUCAGCGACGCAUCGUCGACUAUGUGCUCGCGUUCAAUGGCGAAGAUGAAAAUGCGGAAGCGAAACAGAAGCGCGCCAUCUACCAGCGGAAUCUUGAAAAUGAAGGGCUACAGAUUGAGACGGAAAACUGUCAGCGGAUACAUUUCGUCAAGAUUCACGUGCCGGAGAACGUGCUGUCGCACUACUGCGAGAUCAUGAAGAUGCAGAUGCCGAUGAAGAAGCUGGACAAUCAGGACAAGAUCAUUAUGCGCGAUUUCAGCAUCCAGAGCACGCUGGUGCGAUUGUUCCGGCGGCCACUAUUUAACUUUGUCAUUAUCGACCGGCAAAAGUUCGCACCGCCGGAAUAUCGGUUGAUGUACGAGUAUUCGCGUGAUAAGCCAUACCUGUUUAACGACAAGGAGCCAAACUUUUUCACGCCAAGCAUACGGAUUGCGGUGGCCCACUUUAUACUGGAGCGCACGUACUUCAGUGAGGCGGUGGACGAGAAGAAAGACAUCGGCAUCCGGCGGCUGAUGGAGGAUCAGGUGUAUCUGGAUGCGUACCCACUGCACGAUGGGUGUACGGAUCUGAAGUCGAGCUGCCAGCGUGCACUGUUGCUGGAGGAAUGGGCAUCGAUUAGCAAAUGGAUCAAGCAUCAGCCGCUGGACCACAUUAAGGAGUACUUUGGCGUGAAGAUAGCGAUGUACUUUGCGUGGCUCGGAUUUUACACGCACAUGCUGAUACCCGCAUCGGUCGUUGGGUUAAUAUGCUUCUUCUACGGUCUGCUUACGUACCCUGCCAAUCGCAUCAGCCAGGAGAUCUGCGGCGAUAAUUCGACCAUCAUGUGCCCGCAGUGCGACAAGUACUGCGACUACUGGUACCUGAAGACGACCUGCACCAUCUCCAAGCUGGCGCACAUCUUCGACAAUGAGAUGACCAUCGUGUUUUCUAUUUUUAUGUCUGUUUGGGCGACGCUUUAUCUGGAAAUGUGGAAACGGUAUUCGUCAAAGAUUCAGCAUCGUUGGGGUAUCACUGAAUACUGCUCGCUGGCAGAGCCACCGCGUCCUCAGUAUCUUUCCCGGUUGAAAAAUAUCAAGAAGAUGAUGUUUAACAUUGCCACCGGUGCGCAGGAACCGUCGCCACCGUUUUGGUCUAAAAAGUUCCCUAGCUUCCUUUAUAGUUACUCUGUGAUUUUCCUAUUUAUUUUACUUACUAUAGCUGCAGUCUUCGGUAUCGUUGUGUACCGUAUGUCACUGAUGACUUCGAAAAAUAUAUACGGCGAUGGUGGAUCGGUGUCGGGCAAGCUGAUCAUAUUUCCCGCCACGACUGCUGCCAUCAAUCUGCUCGCGUCAACUGCACUCACCUACGCCUAUCAGUACGUAGCGGAAUACAUGACGAACGUGGAGUAUCGGCGCACGCAAACCGAAUACAACGAAAGCCUCAACCUGAAGAUCUACCUGUUUGAGUUCGUGAAUUACUAUAGCUCGAUCUUCUACAUUGCUUUCAUGAAAGGGAAGUUCCCGGGCUAUCCGGCGAAGUAUAACCGGAUACUGAAUCUACGCCAGGAAGAGUGUAGCCCGGGCGGUUGCCUGAUGGAGCUCUGCAUACAGCUAGCCAUCAUUAUGGUCGGCAAGCAGGCGAUCGGUGCAAUUACGGAAAUUCUGAUACCGUUUCUGGUGCAGAAGUUUAAAGAGUUCCGGAGCGUGCUUGGUAUCGAUGCGGGUAAUAAUGAGAAUGGUGAACGGUUGAUCUGCUGCAAUCAGUGGACGAAAGACUUUAACCUAAUCGACUGGCAUGAUCGCAGCUUAUUCAACGAGUACUUGAAAAUGGUUAUUCAGUACGGUUUCAUCACAAUAUUUGUUGUCGCAUUUCCCCUGGCUCCAUUCUUUGCCCUGCUGAACAAUGUGUUCGAAACGCGGCUGGAUGCUAAAAAGUUCCUGCUCUACUAUAAGCGAGCCGUACCGCAGCGCGUACGUGAUCUUGGCAUAUGGUACAACAUUAUGCACGUGGUCGGAAAGGUUGCCGUCAUAUCGAGUGCCUUUAUCAUAGCAUUUUCCUCCAACUUUAUCCCACGGCUAAUGUACAUGAACGUCGUCAAUCCGACCGGUACGGAUGAGGGUUUCGUCAAUCAUACGCUCGCCUACUUCAACGUUUCGCAUUUUGAAGCGAAUGCAGCUCCGGAAAACAGCUCCUUCUCGAAUAUAAGCAUGUGUCGGUACUCGGAAUACCGGAACCCACCGGAGGAUCAUCGUCCGUACAAGCGACCCUCCAUCUAUUGGCAGAUUCUAGCGAUCCGGCUAACGUUCGUCGUUAUUUACCAGAAUCUGGUAAGCUUUGUGCAGAUCGUUGUAGCGUGGGCGAUACCGGACGUACCGACGCGACUGCAGGAUCAGAUCAAGCGAGAGCAGUAUCUCACCAACGAGUACAUCAUCGAACAGGAAAAGCUUAAGAUGAUGCGAUCCGGUACGGGUGGCUGUGGUACCGGUGCGUACACACACAACGGUUAUCUACCAUCGGAGGACAGCAGUCCGGAUGAUGAAAAGCUAAAUUAUGGUUCGGUCGCGGACGACAAUGAGUACCCGUUGCGAAUGCAAACCGAUGACUGCGAACCGUACGAAACGUACCGUAUAGUGACGUCGCGCGUGUAGGGGAUACCCAGUGCAGCAUCCACAUCCUAUUGAAACUGAUCAAAUUACGCACACACGCUGUUACGGCAGUUACCUAACACACGGUUUUCUUUUUGCUUACCUUUUAAGCUCCGAUGACCUCCUAACGAUAAACGCCUAACUCACCUCGGGCACGUAUAUUUACCUGCGUGCAUGCCUCUUUACAUCGUGUUAAAUCUAUUUCUCGCGGGAAUCUAUCUCAUGCAAAUGAACAAUUUUUAAAGAACAAAUUAAAUAUCUGUAAAUAAUUCGUAA